GUAUUUAUUUAAUUAGGGUUUACCUCAGCAGGGUUUUGUAACCCAAUUGAUAUUACCAGGAACAAGGUUUUCUACCUUUGAACCCUAAUUUUCUCUCAAUCUUUCUACUUUACUUCAGAAUCGAAAUGGGAGAAAAGAAGCCGGUGAUUGGAUUAUCAUGGGAGCCAAAGUUGCCGCCGUUUUCGUCUUCGUCUUCCUCCAAUAAUACUAGAACAGAGUCCAAUACUAAAAGCUCCGGUGCACUCUGGAGAUCCAAUUCAGAGCUAAUCGACGGCUUAUUUGUGCCUCCAACCGAUCCUCGCAAGCUCAACAAAGUUCUCAAAUCCCAAGCCAAAGAUACUCUCGGCAAGGAUUGGUUUGACAUGCCGGCUCCCACGAUAACCCCCGAGUUGAAGAAGGAUUUUCAGCUCCUUAAGCUGAGGAGUGUUAUUGAUCCCAAGAGGCAUUACAAGAAAUCUGAACUCAAAUCAAAGGGACUUCCCAAGUAUUUCCAUGUUGGCACAGUUAUACAGUCUCCGACAGAUUUCUUUUCGGCUAGGCUGACUAAGAAGGAGAGGAAGCCAACCCUUGCAGAGGAGAUCAUUUCUGAUGCCACUCUAGCCGCUUACAGAAAGCGUAAGGUUAGAGAGAUUCAAGAGCAGAAUCAUCCAGGCGGAAAUGAAAACUGGAAGAUAAAGGGCCGUAAAUCUAGAAAGCGAGCUAAGGAAAGAAGGCACUGACCGUAUUGGCUUUUACAUUUUUAGAGCACAAUUGCAGGUGGUAUGAGAAAUGGCUUGUACUGAAACUGAUGGAAAAAGGUAUUGUUUGAUCAAUUAUAGUGUUGUCUCAUAUGCAUUCAGAACAAGCGCACCCCUGUUGCAGUGAUUAUAACAUGAAAGGCAUUGGCCUGAUUUUGUUAAUCAUAUAUUUAAUGCUAUGUUUUUUUAAGGAUUUAUUAGAUUUUGUCUAAAAAUAUCAAUUUUU